UUUCUCGGAGAUUUGGGUCGGGGGCCUUAUCUACUUCGGCAAAGCAGCUGAGCAAAGUCACAGCCAGGAAACCAGCGAUGUUGAACCUUUCCACCGCAACUGUACUUCCAAACUCCUUAUCUACAUUCCCCAAAUCCAGCUUCUCCGGCAUCCAAAUCCGCCACUCGUGUCCCGUUCCUAUUCGGGUACCUGUCAAAAUGACACGGUCGUUGUCUGGAAAUUCGCUCCCUUCGGUAGUAAUGAUGGCGAAGAGAGAAGAAGAACUGAAGGAAAUCAGGGGUAUGUCCACCGAGCAAAUUAAUGAGGAGGUGGUUGAUCUUAAAGGUGAACUCUUCAUGCUUCGCCUUCAGAAAUCUGUACGCAAUGAGUUCAAGUCUAGCGAGUUUCGCCGCAUGCGCAAAAGGAUUGCUCGUAUGCUAACGGUUAAACGAGAAAGAGAGAUUGAAGAGGGGAUCAACAAGAGACUGUCAAGAAAGUUUGAUCGGCAAUGGAAGAAAAGCAUUGUUGUGAGGCCACCUCCAUCUUUGAAGAAGUUGCAAGAGGAAGAGGCAGCUGCAGAAGCUGAGAAGUCUGCAUAAGCCAUUUUAUACAAUUAUGCACAUCUCAUUGAACAUAUUGUAGUUUCAUGAUAUCUACUGCUUCCUAGAUCAUUGAUUUUAACCACUUGCGUAAUUUCUGUUCCAUGUUUUUCCCCUUUAGUUUAGAGAAGGAAAAAAAAUCCACUUGUUAUUGUUUCUAUUUAAGUCAAUGCCCUUAAUUCUUUUUUAGGUUCA